AUGGCGCACAGUGGCGUGCAGCUCUUGGCCAUGCUCGAGCGAGGCUGCUCCCAGCUCCGCUGCAACUUCUGCCCCCUGACGCCUGCGGAGCUGGGCUCUCUGGGUCGACGUUUACGCGGGUCUUUGGUCACCAGCUUAGAUCUUUGCUACUGUGACCUGGGUCCUCCCGGCCUCACCGCCUUUGCCACGGCCCUCGAACGCGAAGACGAUGAGAACCGCGGGAGGCUGGAGGAAUUGAAGUUGGGUGCCAACGGCUUGGGCGUGUCCGGUGCCGCCGUGGCGGGUGAGCUCUGCCAGACCUUGGCCUUGCAGCGUUUGGAUUUAGAGAUCAACGAGCUGCACGACGAGGGAAUUCGAGCCUUCGCGCAGAAGGCCCUGGGCGCCGAUUGCAGCCUACAACAUUUGGACCUGGGUAUGAAUGGAAUUCACCAAGAAGGGGCACAGGCACUGGCCAGCAGCCUCAAAUUCAACAGAUCACUGACCUACCUGGACCUGAGCUUCAAUUGCCUUGGUCCUCAGGGUGCUUUGGCGCUGCGCUCCGCACUGGAGCAAAGCCACUUGCAGGUGCUACGGCUGGAGGACAACAACCUCAGUGACGAAGCUGCUCUUAGUCUUCUCCAGUUGCCCUUGCGGGACUUGGAGUUGGGCUUCAACCAGGUGACGGCCGAAGGAGCCGUCCAAAUGGCGAAGCGGCUUUGGACCGCCAAAGGUCCCAGUCGCCUGGGCCUCGCGGGCAAUCGCCUCCGGGACGCUGGGGCAGCAGCCUUUGCUGCGGCCAUCCAGAAGAAUUGCUGCCUCGAGGAGCUGGCGCUUCCCAGUAACGAGAUCGCCACCGCAGGGGGCGCGGCCUUGGCGGCGGCGAUGCAGUGCAACUGGCGGCUUCGCGAGUUGGAUCUGCGGGAGAAUCCCAUCAGCCCCGAGGCAGCUCAUAUCAUCGCAGAGACGACCGCUUGUGCUCGCUUGGCCUCUGGCUCGGUCCCCAGGACCGAGAUGCUACGCUCAGAGUUGGAGACUGGGAUGAGCAGGCGCUUUUGCCGUGCGUGGAGCGUGCGAGCAUAUCUCUCGUGGCUGACAAAGGAUGCCGCAGACACUCCCCAGCUCGCACAGCUCGUGGCCAGCGCGCUGGCUUCGGCGCUGGUGGAUGGCGAGGGCAGCGCGUACGACCUGGCGCGGCUGAAAGAUCUCGCUCAACUCUAUGGCCGUCAAUUGGCCUCGAAGCCGCGGAGCGAACGCCUCACGCCACGCCCACGCCUGGGGGAGCCCAUCGGCUCCGCACCCGGUCAGCGUGCCUGGGUACGAGGUGUUUACUUGGUGAACUUGACGCCCUUCAGCCUCGUCAUCUCUUCGCAGGGAAGUCACCUCACCCUCGAGGAGGGAACCAGUGGCUCCUUGGACGCGCACGCCGAGCACGGCCUGUCAUUGAAGCUCAUGCACAAGACGGCACGUGAGCUUCAGCAGUUGGAGCAGAUGACUCUGCGACCUGCAUUAGGUGAGACUUCUGUGCCCCUCAACGGACCCGGUGGCAUCUUGCGCGUCUUGACCUCCAGGCACUGUGCUGGAACCUACCAGGGCGAGUGUGUGGUGCUCUUAUGGUCCUGGCCCUACAGGUUGCGCGGAGUUCGCUUUCACGACCUCAACUACUACUGGAACACCGCCAUGGCGACAGUUGGGAGUAGCCUCACUACGCCAGAGGCGAUCCGGCAAGUCUUCCGACCCGACACCUUGCUGCAGCAGUGCUCAUUGGCCGAGCUGCAUACACCCGGGCCCGCUCAGAGCUUUGUAUCCCAUGCUUGGUGCCUACAGGUGAACGAGGUCUUUGUCGCGCUGGCGCGCGCCUUCGCGGGCGCGGAGAUGAUGCGCUUCUGGAUUGCUGCCUUCAGCCUGAACCACUGGUGCCUCGAGGAGCAUCAUGGUUUGGUGAGUGAUGUGCUGCGGAGCCGCAACUGCCAAAGUUUGGCUGUGAUCCUGGGACCUCAGGCAGAGACCUUGAAGCGGCUGUGGUGUUUGUACGAAGUGCUUUUGGCCAGUGACGGGCGACCCGAGCGGCCAGGCAAGAUGGCCUUGAAGCUCUGCUCGCCUCAAGGCGUGUUGAACGUGGGCACCGGUGGCAUGCCCGUCUCCUACAUUUUGAAGGUCAGUGGUGCCAUCAACAACUUGAACCUUCACCAAGCUGAGUGCAACCAGUCGGAUGAAGAGCUGAGAAACGAGACUUUCAGGCGACGGCUCGCGCUUCACCCCAUUGCGUCCUGCAAUGCACAGCUGCGGAGCUUUAUGUCCGAAGGACUCAGUUCCCUCCACCAACGAGGUCAAGAGAUUUUUCUUCGCGCCUCUGCGUGCUUGCAAGGUAAAGGUGAGACCGAUUUGGAUGGUCGCUCCGAGACCGCCGCGGAUUCGGACGCCGCGGGGUCCGCGGUCCUGUCGGACAAACAGUGCGAACAGCACGUGAAGGAGGAGCAAGCAGAUGAGCAGCUGGCGGAAGAAAUCUUAGAGAAGAAGAUGGAAGGUUCAUUUUCCAGGGAAAUGGAAGAUGGAGGGAGGAGACCUCCAGUCGCUGGCGCUCUCCCCGUGCUGCCAAAUCAGGAUGAGCAUCGAUCAAGAUCGGCAUCCAGGUGUGGGCAUGGUUUCGCACGAAAAGGAGUCUCGUUGUGUCACGGCGUGCUUCUCGUGGUGAGGUCACAUGUUUCAUUUGACAUGGGAAGUGCAACAGUUGACAUGCCUAUGCGACCUCACCAUGGGAAGUACAUGCAACAGUUGAGGUACACUGUCCCAUGCGUUUCAAGACAACUCGUGGUGAGCUCACAUGAUGAAUCUAGAAGAGUUCAUCCUACAUGUCCUACAUGUUACCAACAUCCAGUUGCGGGCCCUUUUUUUGGUGGUGUUUCAUCCGACACCCUACCUUGGUGGGAACAUGUAUGA